AUGCCGCCACCUCACGGAACAAACACGACCAGACUAGCUGCGGCAAUAUACGACUACCUCUUCAAGCUGCUUCUCAUCGGUGAUUCCGGUGUUGGCAAGUCUUGCUUGCUACUUCGAUUCGCCGACGAUACCUACACAGAGUCCUACAUUUCCACCAUUGGUGUCGACUUCAAAAUCCGGACGAUAGAGCUCGAUGGCAAGACUGUCAAGCUCCAAAUUUGGGACACUGCUGGCCAAGAGCGAUUCCGAACCAUCACCUCCUCCUACUACCGCGGUGCUCACGGUAUUUGCGUUGUCUACGAUGUCACCGACAUGGAUUCUUUCAACAAUGUCAAGCAGUGGCUUCAGGAGAUUGACCGAUAUGCUACCGAGGGUGUGAACAAGCUCCUGGUUGGCAACAAGAGCGAUAUGUCGGAUAAGAAGGUGGUCGAGUACACUGUUGCCAAGGAAUUUGCCGACAGCCUGGGCAUCCCAUUCCUUGAGACCUCUGCCAAGAACGCCAGCAACGUUGAACAAGCAUUCUUGACCAUGGCCCGACAGAUCAAAGAGCGCAUGGGCACAACGACAGCCAACAACACCAAACCCAGCGUGCAAGUUGGCCAGGGCCAGGGCGUUGGCUCUGCUUCAAGCAACAGCUGCUGCUAA